AUGGGUAUCGCUUCGAGCACAGCCGGUCAUGGGGGUGGAAACAAUGGUAAAGACAAACAUCAGCACAUUCAACCAGUUGAUUCCCAAGCCAAACCGGACGAUGUCAGCCAUUCCCAGACACUCUGGAUUCUGAUUUUCCGGGGCUACCCUCGUGACAUACAAAGUGCUCGAAUCACCGAAUUAUAUAUCGUCUUUGACGACGACGAAAGCAGAAACCUCACGAUCCGAAUCCAGGGCCAUCAUCCGAAUUUUGCCGUGGAUGAGGUAUGGAACCAAGCGCAUCCCCGAACGAGACCGCAUUUCUUUCGACGACUUGCGGUCGCGACUGUUGAAACCAGUUCGGAGCUUGAUAUGCGACUACGCGACGCGAUUUUAGGCACGCAUGUGAACAAUACCGAGUCGGAUUGGACAUGUCAAAGUUGGGUUGGAGAUGCCCUAACGACACUGCAAGAUGCAAGACUCAUAACGGUCGAGGAAGGUGACAACGCUUUGAACGGGAUGGUCAAUUACAUCGCCCGCGCCCCGUGGCAAUAA